AUGCCUUGUGCCCGGCGUCUGCGCAACAGCCAGAGCGACAGGCUGCUCUUUUCCCUGCACACUUUUGAGUCUCCGACCAUACGCGGACGUGGCCGAGUUGUGGUUGACAACGUCUUUGCAAUGCCGACACAGCCACCACUCCAGCCGCAGCUGCGGCAUUGUGCGCCAUUCGGCGGCCGACGGUAUCUGACCGCGCUGCGCUCGCAGCUGCAAAGACACCGCCGCAAAUGCCGCCGGACCCGCAUCCGGAAGAGCCAGGAUUCCAGCUGCCGUCGAUGCUCCAUCGCCCGCAACAAGCGUGCGAUGCUGCGUCACUGCGCCAAGAGGCGCAGCAACCUCGACCUGGGUAUUGCUCGGGUGCGCAACGCCCACGGGGCGAAUGCGAUUGCCUGGCCCUAUCGCCAAACGGCUCUGCUCCUCCUCUUGUCUGGCAGCAAACGCAAGCUGCGGCACAGGCCGCGUUGGCGCAGAGGAGGCGGCAAGCCUCAACGCGCCUACCCGUGGCAUGCCGCCGGAUCGGGCCACGACUAA